CCCGGCCUGGGCUGGGACUGACCAUGAGUGGCAGCCUCCUCCACAGACAGUAGCGGGCAGCGUGCCGGGCGCAGGAGGCACUUGGACCUCAUGUGCGCACACGCGCGUGUGGCCUCUGGACAGACUGUCGUUUUGGCUGUGGUUUUGGCUCUCGGGGUGACCGGUGUUGAGCAUUUUCCCUUCUCACUUGGCUUCUGUUGAUUCGGCGUUCUUUAACAUCUGCCCCCAAGAAGUGCAAAGCGUGAGCCUGUGCUGGGCGGUGGAGCCCAUGGACCCCGCAGGAAGGCCCUGCCUGAGGAGCCCCCUGGGUCCGGGCCCAGGCUGGGGUUGCCUGCGGAACCCCCAUGCCGAGGGCAGCGAGGCCUCCGUGCCUGCCCCCUGCGCGCCAGCCCCGUUCUCCUUCCAUCAGAAGCCGGACUUCCCAGCUGCCGCUGCACUCUCCGACUUCUCAGCCUCCUGCCUGGCCGCCACCCCGCACAGCCUGCCCCGAGAGCAGCACCCCGCCUUCCCGCAGCCGCCUGAGUGGCACCUCCCCGUCUCUGGCUCCGUCUCCGAGGCCCGGCAGAGGCUGCACCUGGGCCCAGCCUCAGGAGGCCUGGGUGAGGGGUGCAGGGUGCUGGGGCGCGCAGCCGGCGAGGCAGAGAGGAAGCCGUCCAGGCGGAGGAAGGAGACUGCAGAUCCGCAGGAGCCCGGCGGGAAGGCGGAGGGUGGCAAGGCCCGCAAGGAGCGGACCGCCUUCACCAAGGAGCAGCUGCGUGAGCUGGAGACCGAGUUCGCGCACCACAACUACCUGACGCGCCUGCGCAGAUACGAGAUCGCCGUGAACCUCGACCUCUCCGAGCGCCAGGUCAAAGUGUGGUUCCAGAACCGGAGGAUGAAGUGGAAGCGGGUGAAGGGGGGCCCGCCUGCCUCCCCCCAGGGCCAGAACCCUGACGAUGGGGAGUCUCCGGCCUCCCCCAGCUCAGAGUGAGGAGAGCAGGGGACCUGCCCACACCACGCACCCCACGCCGGCACUGACUGGGGCAUGGAGCUGCCUGGCAUUUCCCUGUCGGACAGCCACUGGCCUGGCCGUGUCUCGGCCUGAGGGAAUCACACGGCCCACUGAGCUGCAUGGAUCCGGAAGGAGCUUCCGGAAGCUGCCUCUUGGGGCCUCUGGCCACUUCCUCCUGCCGGCCUCCUGCAGCCCAGCCUGGAUCCCCUGGUGACUCACAAAGCAAGCGCUGGGACAGAAGGAAGUGCUGGAGACACACACGGCCGCUUCUCCUCUCAGCUCUCGUGGGGACUGAGGGGUGAGGAGGUGACUUGAGCUUCGAGUUUCUGCUCCACUGGGAGAAGACAGAGGUGGCCUGGGUGGGUGCUGUGUCCCCACCGGCGCUGGCCCACCUCACUUCAGGGUGCAGCUGGGACAGGUGAGCAGAGGCCUGUGGCACCGAGCAGCUCCCCUUUCCCACCCUGCGAUUUCCGAUGGAAGCCCUCCCCAUGUCCACACUGGGAGCUCAGGCCUGGACAGUGGCUCCCCUGUCCCAGGCACAGGAGGCCACAUGAGAGGCCGGGUGGGGCCCGGGAAGACCCUGGGGUAGAGCGUCCUUCAGCCUCGUGUCCUGUGCUCCCCAAGGACUCCAGCCCCUCCUGCAGCCCCUCCUGGAGCACCUGUGUGCUCGGCAGGCCUCUGUGGUCCAGUUACUGAGGGGUGGGCGAGUGCACUGCUGCAGCUCCGGGGAAGUCGCCCAGGGACAGGUGGCCAAGCAGCCCGGGGCACCGCAGCCCGGGGCACCACAGCCCUGGCGAGGGACACACUGCCACCCUGGCACCCCCUUCGGGGUCUCUGGUCCCAGCUGGUGUUUCAGGGGGAGACUGGGAUCUCUGGCAAGCAGGUUUCAUCUUUCCUGGGCAGAAACGACCCUCCCUCCCCAUAGUGAUCCCCAAGCGAGAUGGCUGCAGCGAGCACGUGUAACUCUCUUCUAGUGCAUAUUUCAUAUACUUUCUGAGGUGACAUCAAUCUAACUGUAUCAGCUCAAUUCAUUUUGUAAGAAGAGAAUGGAG